GAGAUGACUUUGCUUGGACGCUGAGAAACUGAGAGAAAAACUCAAAUGGGAGAAAAUUCUAAGCACACUCUCGAGACAUCUUCACCCGACUCUCCCGAAAGACCUUCCAAAGUUACCAAAACCGAAGAUUUUAGAGAGGAACACGAGGAACAACAGCUAUUAAACGUUGUUGAACAACCCAUGAACCCAAAUCCCGGAGUCCAACGCUAUUUGGUCGCUAUCGAGUAUAUCGGGAGUCGAUUCUCUGGCUCCCAAAAGCAGCCCAAGUGCCGUACGGUCGUCGGUGUACUGGAGGAGGCUUUCCAUAAAUUUAUCGGCCAGCCGGUUUCAGUCUUUUGCUCAAGUCGAACUGAUGCCGGAGUUCAUGCACUAUCAAAUGUUUGUCAUGUAGACGUGGAAAGGAUUAGCAAAAGGAAGCCUGGUGAAGUGUUACCACCUCAUGAACCUGCAGUAGUCAGAAGAGCUGUGAACCAUUUCUUACAGAGAAGUGGAGGAGAUAUUAUGGUGGUUGAUGUUCGAUGUGUUCCAAAUGAAUUUCACGCUAGAUACAAAGCUCAAGAACGCACGUAUUUCUAUCGCUUGUUGUCGGGGCCAGAGCUCUUGUCUGCCUUUGAAAAAGAUAGGGCAUGGCACAUUCCUGAGCAACUAAAUCUCCAUGCUAUGCAGGAAGCUUGCAGAGUUCUUGUUGGAUUUCACGAUUUUAGUUCCUUCAGGGCAGCUGGUUGCCAGGCAAACUCACCAAUCAGAACUUUAGAUGAACUCAGUGUUUCUGAAGUACAUUCAACUCCUUAUUUUCCAUCAGUUAUGGAGAGGGAACAAAGCAAUUUAAACAGGGGAGAUCCUCAUCCAUGUUCUAGGAAGUCUCAGAUUGACCAACCUAUUGGUUCCAUUUCCAGUAAUGGGGGGAGCUCCAAUGAUGAAACUCGUCUAGAAUUUGGCAUAAGGAGGUGGCAUCGCUGCUAUGUGGUAACAGCACGGGCACGCUCCUUUCUUUAUCACCAGGUUAGACUACUUGUUGGAGUUCUCAAAUGUGUUGGCACUGGAGAAUUGACAGUUUCUGAUGUUGAAAGAAUUCUGAAUGCAAAGACAGUGACUGCUGCAAGUCCCAUGGCUCCAGCUUGUGGUCUUUAUCUUGGGCAAGUUGAGUAUGAUUUGUCAUGAAGUUUUGUGGUUUCCUUCGGGCGCUUCUGAUCUGGAACCUGGUGAAGAUGUGUGUGCUUCCAGAAGACAUGUUUGUCAAAUUCUUUGAGAUGCAUCCGGUAACAGGUUUCUCGACAGCUCCUAGGUGUUUAUCGAUGAGAGCUCUUCUUGGGGGACAAGUCUGGUUAGUCGCCUGAUUAUUUCGUUUGCUAACAUAUAGGAAUUUUGAUGAAGGGCUAUGAAAUUUUCCAUUUCCUUUUUCUCGGGUGUUUCCUUAAUAUAUGGGCAGGGGAGGAUUGGCUGAAGUGUAAGCAUUUUGUGUGCCUUGGAUUUUCGAGGAUUAAGAAAACUAAUGUGGCCGCUGUUGGUUUUUUUUUUUUCUUUUGCACAAUUUUCUCAUAUUGAAACAAACAUAUAGUAGUUUCAAAUUACUCUUAUGUAUAUUUAGGUC